GAAAUGACCUGUGCAGCAGAGUGUAGGAGGAUUCCUAGCUCCCGCCCGUAGUUACAUCUACGACUGAGUACCUGACGUGUAGGGCACCUUUGCCCGCUCCUUAUAGGUGCCAGGCUCGGAACUCAAGUACUAGUCCAUCAAUCAAAUGAAAUGCUUCGCAAGCGCAUUUUACCGCCUUGUUGUCUUAUUCCCUGGUCGUUUGUGAUGUAUUUGGACACGGCCUACAAUCACCUAGUCAAACAUUAGGCGUAUAAAACCAUGAAGCGCGGUCUACGAAUUCAUCAAAGACUCAUAUGUCAAGACCACCGUCAGCAAGAUCUCCGAAGGGGACCGCUUGUAUAAACUGCAGACAACGGAAAAUCCGCUGCGACGGGAAACGUCCCGUAUGCGGGUCCUGUAACGCUACCCUCCCCAGUGCAUGCCGAUACUCAGACGGCAGCGCAUCCAUCAAUCAACUUCUACGAGAAGACAUUGCUAUCCUGGAGACUCGUCUUCAGCAAUUGGAAAAUCCGAGCGAUUCUUCGCGUACGCUAGCUUUACACGCAGCUAGUGGCUCAUCUUCAACCCCUCCGCAUACGCCUCUAAAUGUAUCAUUGAAUAUGCGACAAGCUUUGUUCCGCUCCGUCCUUCCAUAUUCAUUCGAAUUCGGUUUUUUCCUUGACUAUUCCCGCUUUUCGACUUCGCUUUCAUCACAUUCAUCCCACGAUCAACCCUUUCCGUCCAUCCUGAGCGCUUGUCAGCUCAUUGGAGCAUAUCUAUCUCCUGUGAAUGAGUUAUCUGCGCUCCAAUCCGCUUUUCUAUCUCAGGCAUUAUACGAUGCUUCGACCGGAAUCUCCAGAGAUCCCAUUUAUCUAGCACGAAGUAUUGUACAUUGCGUUCAGGCGGAAAUAUUUCUGUCUCAGUAUUUCUUCGUGAACGGCCGGACUUUGGAAGGAAAAUACCGUAUUUCUAAUGCUAUGUCGAUGGUCCUUGGGGCUGGAUUUCACAAGAUUCGAUCCUCUGAUGCAUACGCGUUUCAGGGAAGGGCUGGAAUGCACUCGGUUCUUCCACCAAGAGACCCAGUGGAGGAAGGGGAACGAAUUAACGCACUGUGGCAAGUAGUGAUCAUGAACGCCUGCUGGACGGCAGCUGAUGGUUCUCCAUCAAACAUCGCAUACGACGUUCCAGAAUCUAGAAUAGACGCGCCAUGGCCUCUUGACUCCGGGAGCUACUCACAGGCUUCUUUCCCAGAUAGCAUACGGAGUAGUCACACCAUUCAGAAUUUCAUCUCCAAUGUCCCAGACAACGGGCGAUCUUUGCUUGCUAUCCACGUCAAAGCUGCAAUGCUAUUCGAGAGGUCUUCUUUAUUGCAGCGUCAGUAUCGACCGAAUAUGAGCCUUGCAGACGCGACACGUUUUCAACAGACAUUCAAUAAUCUCAAUAGCGCAAUCAAUAACAUGGCCGCUAUACUACCUUCGCUAUCCGACCACAACCUUUCGCGAAGUACAAUCCGAAGACUUCUCAUUGCGCAUACCCUGUGCCGCGUAGCCACUAUUGUCUUACACGGAAUAUUCGAGCAGCGAGAUCCAGCCUCCCAAGGGCAAGUCCUCACGGCAGCAGAAAGUGUUGUCAUGCUGUUGAAGAGUAUAAAUCUGACUGAUUUCCCUUUCAUAGACCCCAUCAUGGGACACUUGUGGAUGACUACAGUUAACGUCUUCAUCAAAGAGAUCAGGCUCCAUGUCGCUACCGGAAUGUCAAGAAGAUCGUCUUUGCAGGGUAUGAUGGAUUCAGCAGAGUUCAUCAUAGCAACGAUGCGGAUGUUUUCUACAAAAUCAUCGUUUAUAGAAGCUCAAUUAACUCAUGCGCGUCAACAGUACAUGACCGCUAUCGGUAGACAUUGACCCUAGGACCAUGUUAGAGCUACACAGAUCUCUGACGGCGACAUAUCAGUAUUUCUAGACAUUAACAUUAUCUAUAAGACCUAUUCAUGGACUAUUUUUUAUUCUUUCUAGAUGCUCUAUGGACUGUACAUUCUUCGAUUCGAUUUUAUUCUGUAUGUAAUAGUCUUGCCAUUUUAAUGCCAUUGGACCUCAGUACCUUCGAGUUCUUUACUUAUAUUUCCAAGUUCGUACAUCUUGUACUGCUAGUCUGCUCUCGGACAAUCCUGUAGACUUAGAACUAGGUGAA